CAUACUUCCCAUCAAUUGUAUAAAUACUUAAAUUAAUAUAUGUACAUAUAUGUACGUUCUGUGCGGAACCGAGUGAAGCCCAAGUUGGUUUAAUCGAGCAACCGGUUUAUAAAACUAUGCGAAUUCCAAUUUGAUUUGCUGGCCUUAUAAAUGUUCUAUAGUAAUAGGCAUUCGAUUUCAGUCAAUGUGCAACCUCUGUGGCCAAUACAAGUGCAUUCUCCUCCAACAUAUGGUACAUAUCGAAGUAAACCGAAAUAUGCGUAUUGUAUUUGUCGUCAUAAUCAUUCUGGAAUUGUUUAUCGCGUGCAAGUGUCAAACAUUACCGAACUUUAUUAGGAAAUGUCGUUUCGGCGAUUUGAAAUGCAUAAUGGAAUCGAUGAAUGCGGUAAUCAAACGUUAUCCUCGAGGCUUGGCCGCAAUGGGCAUGAAGCCCAUCGAUAUUGUGGAUAUUAAGGAUUCGGAAAUUUGGAAUAAUGCCGAAGUUGGCGGGGUUUGGUUUAAGUUUAAGCUAUUCAAUCAAGUGAACUAUGGCUUCGAGAAUGCAACAAUAACGGGCAUCAAGGGAUUCGGUAGGGAUCCCACGGCCAGCACCAUGGAAAUUCACGGCCAGAUACCAAGUCUUAUACACAAGGGUGGCUAUAUAGCCAAUGGACGUGUUUGGCUGAUCGCACUGAAUGCUACGGGCGAGUCCACAUCCGAUUUUCAGAACUUGCGGUUUACAUUAAAACUGAAAGUCAUACCGGAAUAUCGGAAUAACAAGCGCUACCUGAAAAUCUACGAACUAGUUCCGAUUGUUAAUAUAAGUCGCUGGAUUGUCUGGCUGGAUACUUUGUUUCCCGACAACAUGGAUCUAACCAUAACGUUAAACGAAGUGCUCAAUGCGAACUGGUUGGAGUUCUGGAAUGAACUGGAACCAGCGUUUCUGAGCGUUUUUAGCAGUGUAUUUACGGGCAUGAUUGAAGAUAUUUUCCAUCAAAUUUCCUACGAUGAUAUGUUCCUCAAGGACAAUGAGACUGAAAUAAAUUAUUAAGCCAUAAA